CACCCACAGGCGAUGGGAGCGCACUGCAGCUGCGGAGUAUAAAAAGGCCGGUCAGCUCCACACGAACACCAAACACGCUCGUGCGGUGCAUCCGGGUAAGCUGCGUGUCCAGCGGAGAGGGAUUUCUGCCGCCUAACGAGGAGACGCUUCAGGUAAACGGUUUGUUUCACUCCGGGACAUCUCUGGAAAACCUGGAUUCACUGAGUUCCUGAGAGAGCAGCGGCGCUAGUUUUGGUCAUUUCAACGGACUUGUCAAACUCCCCAUCAGUAGUCCAUCUCCAUGGAUUUUAUUUUUACAUGUGUUGCUUCACCUAAAGGAACCACAUGAAACCCGGAACCCAGCUGUCAUGGAGAUUAAACCGGACUCCAACUCUUCAGGAUUCAACUCCAACAUCAACAGCAGCACCAUGGCACCCGAAGUGGACUGCCCGUAUAACAGCGUUCCUUCGAACCCCAUCAUUGCGAGCCUCACGAUGACUCUGGGCAUCCUAUUCAACGUGGUGGCCCUCAUCAUUCUCAUCAAGGCCUACACCCGCUUCCGGCGGCGGUCCAAGGCGACAUUCCUGCUGUUUGCCAGCUCCCUCGUGGUCACGGACCUCACGGGACACGUGGUCUCCGGGGGACUGGUGCUGAGGAGAUACUCAACGGCCAAUCUGACGUCCCUGGACGGUCCGAGAGACCCAGACAGCCCUUGUCAGUUUCUGGGAGGGUGCCUGGUGUUCUUCGGGCUGUGCCCGCUCUUCCUGGGCUGUGCGAUGGCUGCUGAGCGAUGCCUCGGCGUCACCAAGCCUCUGCUGCACGCCCGGCUGGUGACAACAGCACGGACCAAAAUAGCCCUGUCUAUGAUCUGGUUCCUGGCUCUAUGCGUGGCCCUGCUGCCCGUUUUCCAACUAGGGGACUACACUUACCAGUACCCGGGUACUUGGUGCUUUAUUAAGGUGAUGGACACAAAUGCCAAAGAUCUGACCUUCGUGAUGCUGUUCUCUGGAUUGGCUUUGAGCUCUCUUGUGCUGGCCUUCAUCUGCAACACCAUCAGUGGGAUGACGCUCAUUAGAGCGCGGCUAAAGAAGAAUUCCUGUUCCCAGAGGUUCUCUGCUAGGUCUCAUGACACAGAGAUGGUGGUCCAGCUGGUUGGCAUCAUGGUCACCUCCUGCAUCUGCUGGAGCCCUCUGCUGGUCUUUUCGUUGAUGUCAGCUGCACGUUCUUAUACCAAGCUCUCCCUGGGCGAGGAACUCACCUGCACUUACAGCAAACUCAUGAUGACUGGCGUCAGAAUGGCCACCUUUAAUCAAAUCUUGGACCCCUGGGUCUACAUCUUGCUGAGACGGGCCAUCCUCCGAAAAAUCUACCGCAUAACCAAAAAGCAGGCCAGCUUCAGGGGGAGCACCUUCCGCUCCGUCCGCUGGGAUGUUAGCUCCCUUCAGAAGCCGGACAGUAUACCGGUGAAAAAGACUUAACAGGAGACUAAUGAAACAGUCGUAAAGUCUGCCUCUCGUAGUUUCUUUGUGUGCAAAGAAGACCAAAAAAUGGCUAAAAUACUUAGGUUUUCUAUGUAUGAGCAUAUAUACCACACAAAAAAGAGGACUGAAUGAAAACUGCUACUGGUUUAUUACAGUGCAAUGGCAGUCUCUCCUUCCUGAAAGCACAAAUACAGAGGGGCUUAAAAGUCUGGAAACUUUUGAUGUUCAUUUGGUAUGCUUUCAGAUUAACACCAGAUGGUUUCCGUGAUCUAAACUUCGAGUUGUGACUGAGUUUCUUGUGCUCGUAAACAGGAAAGACCGAUCUUCUUGAUGCAAUGUGCCGAAGUACAGUAUUCAACAAGCAAAGAAGAUUUCUAAAGAUUUGAAGACAAGACCACCAAAGUUGGUACUUCCAUUAGCUCAGACGGAGAAGAAAAAAAUCCCGAUGGUUGAUAAUACUACCUAUAAGUGGUUAGCUAAUGAAGAUCCUUUCCAGAAACAGAAAGCGAUGUCACCAAGACAUCUCUCACAAUGGCUGUUUUGUAACUCACGAGCAAUGAUCCUGCUCACGGUGGGUUUAUAGAGAUUGAUCUAUGAAAUAGUGAGAAAACAUUUAGAAAUAUGUUUUGUGGACAUAUUAAACCAAACCAGCACUUAUUUUUAGUCUCAAUGAGCAACAGGUAGAACAAUAAAAAAAUUACGUCUACAUAUGAGGUAAAAACUGCUAAAACAGCCCAAUUUUCUUUAACAUAAUCCCAGGUCCAAAGUGGAUUGAUUUAAUUCAACCGGCUUGGGUUGUUUGGUUUUCCACUCAAAAAAAAAAAAGGGGUUAAAGUGAACAAGCUGAAGUUUUAAAGAAGGAAUAAAAGAAAGCAUAACCAAGAGUCAGGAAAAGUUUAAUUUUGGGGUUGAACAGGUGGGUGGACUAGUUUUUCCAGGGGUCAAUGAGCAAGAGGCAAGAUACCACCUGGGAAGGUAACCACCCUGUAAUAAAGCAACAUGGAGCUGAGCAAGACAAACAGCAAUGCACCCACACACACAAUGCAUGUUUUUAAAUGGUAGGAGGAAGCCAAAGUACCAGAGAAAAGCUAAGCAUAGAUAAGGGGAGUUAAAACAAAAACCUAAUAAUGUCCAAUAUGAUUUUUUUUGGGCAGAAACAAUAAUUUACAAAUAUUCAUGUUUGGUAUAGAACACUGUGUAAAAUAUUGUAUGUUCAUAACAAGCUUAUGACCAUUUAUUUGGGCAAACUGUCUGCGCUGAACCUAGCUAGUAUUAGCUAUUAGCACGUAAACAACACUGUCCCAACAGCAUAGAAACAGCAUUUGAGGUAACAAAAAAGCCCAGCAGCRCGUGUGUGUAUAUGUGUGUGUGUGUAAAACUAUCCGCAAAUUGUGACUGUAGUCUUAGAAUUUUUCUGGCCUGUUUUUUAAAACUGAGCUAAGAAUCUUAGCUUAAACUCGCUUAGCCAAAGAUGUUUUUUCACGUUCGGAAGAGUCAUUAGGUCUGGCUUGUAGCAGCGAAAUGUUUGGAAAUCCUACUUGGAAAAAAUCUGAAGAGCAUGUUGAUCACCUUUAAAGACAAUGGACGUAAGCAUUGAAAGCUAAAUUGAAGAUGAAUGUUUUAACAAGUUGCUAAUGCUGAAGAAGGGAAAAACUUGAAGAGAGAUUUGGAAAGCCAGAGAAAUCCGGGAAUUAAACCUUUUCUGUUCAGAGAAAGGGAAUAAACACUUAAUACUGAAUCUAUUUACUGGAAAAUUGAAAAAAAAAAAGAAAAAAAAAAAAAGAAGCAGCAUAUUUAUGACGUUUAAGAGGAAAAUUCUGUAAUAAUUAUUUUCCACAAAAUCACAGAUUUCACAGUUAAUGGUUCCCCUAACUCAAAUAAAACAGAAGCGUUUAUGCAUGAUGUGGAGCAGAGGCAGAUUAUUUUAAUCCCACCACAAAAAUAGGUGAAAGAAAUCUCCAAAACUCAGUGCUAAAGAACUGCAGCAAACAGCAGAGUCUCCAUAGCAACUGCUAGAGGCUACACAAAUCGGUGGAGGAUACGGUAGAGGCUCUGUAAUGCUGUGGGCCUGUUUCUCUUUCAAAGACUCUAAGAAUUUAAGGAUUUAACACAUCUUUACCAUAAAUAGUAAUAAUAAAUCAAAUUUAUGUAGCGCUUUUUAGGAUGUGAGGGGUGAUGUAUAUUCACACAUAAAAAUACUUGUACUCUAUUGUCUGUAAGUUUGUUUCUCAUUCUCAACUGAGAACAUACCAUUUUUUUAAAGGAUGUAAAAAUGUUUAAGUAUAACUGUAAAUAGAAACCAUUUUGUCUGAACUUUAAUAUAUUCAUAUUUGUUUUUGAAAUAAGACUUCCAAAAGUCUUAGAGAGAACAUCUCAGUGUAAAUAGCGGUUUGUUUGUCCAACUCUGUAAAAGUCAGCAACUUGUCUCAGUGUUCACAUGAGAGUAAAAGGACAGACUUUUACCUCAGCAUGAAGAUGUGAAAAUUAGGAUGUGUGUAGCCCGUGUAGUCCUAUGACAGGAAUGUAGUGAAUGUAAGUACUGUGCAUCUGCUUUCCCCAUAAGUCUGGGGCGGUGAAGUGAAGCUGACUGAAUGUGAUGUUUAAAAAAAAAAAGAAUGUAAAACUGUUUAUUAAAACUGAUUUCUUCUA